UACAAGGCCAAUGUACUCCAACUGUGUAUUACUCAGAGAGAAGUCAUGGUGGACCAGGUCUACCAAAUGAAAUGGGGCACUGCAGAACUACUCCCCACCCUUGCCCUGUCCCUUCUGACAUGCCUUAGUUUAGUCUCCCCCCUACCUACAACGGAGCCCCCACAGUUUGACGGUUACCCUUUUGUAGGUAUAUGGAAUGCCCCGACCCCUGUAUGCAAGAAGCUUGGGAUUCCACUGGACACCUGGUCUUUCAAGGAAGUGACCACACCUGCUGCUGUUCCUGGUCAGUUCCUCACCCUGUUCUACACUGACCACCUGGGCCUGUACCCUUAUGUUAACCCCAAAAACAAUCAGCAGAUCAACGGCGGCAUCCCCCAAAAGGGUAACCUUCCAGCACACCUGAAAAAAGCCUACAGUGACAUCAAUUAUUACAUCCCCUCUGACACAACCCCAGGUCUGGCUGUCAUUGACUGGGAAGACUGGCGACCCCUGUGGGAUAGGAACUGGGGCGCCAAGGACAUUUACCGUCAACUGUCCAUUGCCUACGCUCAAAUGAAAGACCCCUCUUUGUUGCCUUCGCAAGCAACUGCCGAUGCAAAGAAGCAGUUUCAGACUGCAGCCCGCAACUAUAUGGAGAAAACCUUGAAGUUAGGCAUCAGCCAGCGACCCAAACGGCUGUGGGGCUUCUAUCUGUUCCCUGACUGCUACAACUAUGGUUGGGAGACACCAGGCUACACAGGGCAAUGCUCCGACCUGACUAAAAGUCAGAACGACCAGCUUCUGUGGCUUUGGGAAUCUAGCACUGCUCUAUACCCUUCAGUCUACCUGCCUGGAUCGCUGAAAAACAGCCCCAACGCUGCGCUCUUUGUCCGAAACCGUGUUCAGGAGGCAGUGAGGGUGGCAGCUCUGCCCAAAAGGCCCUUCACUGUGCCCAUUUAUGUGUACUCCAGGCCCAUGUUCAGCAACCAAAAUGACUUCCUCAGUAUGGAGGAUCUAAUCAGCAGCAUUGGAGAGACUGCAGCCUUGGGAGCCUCUGGGUCAGUGCUCUGGGGGGCCAGUGCCGACUAUACUGACAGGGCUUCAUGUGAAGCAUUAUCCACAUACCUGACAUCUACCCUCAACCCAUACAUUGCCAAUGUGACUGCUGCAGCCAAACUCUGUAGCGAUGUCCUUUGCCAGGGCAAUGGCCGCUGUGUAAGAAAAGACUACAACUCCAAUGUCUAUCUGCACCUGAACCAGAACACAUUCCACCUACAAGAGUCCCAGGGGAAGUACAUGGCCAUUGGAAUACCCUCAUCCGCUGACCUCCUCACCUUAGCAGACAAGUUCACCUGCCAGUGCUACAAAGGCAGAAGCUGCUCACCCAAAUUAUCACGUCCCAGGACCCCUAUGGUGAUUCCACUGUAGCCUCCCCAGCACUGCAAAACAAGAAAAUUUAACUUUGCUUUGCUAAAUUGAUAGUAAGCAUAUUUUGAAAUUCUGUGACAUAAGAUUUAAUAAUUUGUGUAAUUCACAAUAAGUACGUGAACAAAAGAAGACAAUUGUUGUCAGUAUUAUCUGGUGUAAUUUGGAAAGUAUUCAGAUGUAACCAACAUUUUUGUGGAAGACUCAAUUAUUGGUGCAGGGAUGAUUAAAUGUAAUACAUUUGGUUUAGCUGAUAAAAUAAUAAAUAUAAUGAAAUUAAAAUA